AGUUUGGGUACGUGAUUGUAUGUGUACGUGUGCGUGUGUGAACCAUCAAAUUCAAAGUGUUUUUGAUCAUGUAGUAACCUCAGUUAUUCACUUGCAAUUUAUACAACCACACAUCAAGCGUCUCGAAAAAAUUUCCUUGACAUUUUUUUUGUAUGAAUAUAUCAGUUGCCACUGAUCCAAUUGAACAAAUGACAGAAAGUGAGAAAAAUAAAUACAACAAAUAGAAAACAACAUCAAAAUAUAAUAGUAGUAAUUGAAAUAGUCUUCUGUAUGACGCAUAAUUUUGACAAGUUCUCAGUCAAUCAGGAUAUUUGAACUUUGUGAAUGUUUUAUAGAAUUGAUAUAUGUGCACAAAAACGACCAAAUUCCAUCUGCAGAAAGAGAUAUCGAAUGAAGUGAGAAAAUUUGUAGAGUUUGUCAGUAUCGACCAACGAAAGUGUUUUUUUUUUGCUCCAUGCCAUUUAUUCAAUCAACGAAUGGUAUGAACAACAUUGUACAGUGCUUGUCGAAAGUUGAACUCAUAUUUAUCGCCUACGAAUAAGUCGGGAGUAUAAAGGAACGAUUAUAUUGUAUAUCUUUGUGCCCAGUAAAGUGGCGAGUGUAAUAUUUUGGGUUAGACUCUUUCUAAUGACCUUUAAUGCAAUUUGGAAGCACAAAGUUCAAAGUUAUUUAAUAUUGCUAAAUAGUUAUAAAUCAAAUAAAUCUAUCGAUAAUAAAAGAUAAUAAACAGUAAAAUAAUUAUAAAAGUCUCUGUUUUGAUAGAAAGGAAAAAGUAUUCAACGGAAAGACGUUGUCGCUGAAAAAGAAGUAAAAUGCGCGGCAAUAGAGGAAAAAAACACUGAAUAACAAGUGAUUUGCCACUAAUUCAUAUACCAAACAUAAAGCAACUAUAUCUUCGUGUGUCUGGCUCUGAGUGUGUGUGUGUGUGUUUUUUUUCUACUUUCAAAACUUUGCCACUCACUGUGGAAUUCAACCUGAAUUUACAUACAUAUUUAACACACAUGCAUUGAUGAUGUGAAUGUGCAAAGCGAUCGAAUUAUAUUUUUUAAGACGUGAAAUCAAAAAAAUAACAACAACGAACGAGAAGUUAAAAAAGUGAACUCUCUUUUAUCGAACAGCCACUAAAAUCUGUACAAGGAUAAAACAAAAACAAAGUAAUAAAUACAGUGACACAACCCAGCUAUUUGUACUAUUGUCUGUCCUUACUUGAUUUUGAAUGAUUUAAAUAACAAGGCAAUACGGGAAAAAUGAGUUGGGGUACCGAGCUUUGGGAUCAGUUCGAAAACCUCGCGACACAUACUCAGAAGGGCAUUGAUUUCUUGGAUAAAUAUGGAGUGUUUAUUCGUGAUCGGUGUACCAUUGAGAUGGAAUAUGCAGCAAAGUUAAGGCGACUUGUCAAAAGUUAUCAACCAAAGAAGAAGGAGGAGGACGACUACGAGUUUACAUCGUGGCAAGCAUUCCGAAAUGUUUUACGCGAAAUAAGCGAUCUAGCUGGUCAGCGUGAGGUCAUAGCGGAAUCGCUGCAAGCUCAAGUUAUCAAUGCCAUUACACUAUUGUCGAAAAAUUUGAAAGACGAACGGAAGAAAGCGUUAACCGAUGGCACUACUUAUCAGCAAAAUUUGGGUCUACAAAUAGCUUCACUCGAACGAGCUAAGCGCAAUUAUGAAAAAUCUUACCGAGAUGCAGAGAAAGCGGUCGAUAGUUAUCAGCGAGCUGAUGCCGACUUAAACUUGAGUCGUGCUGAAGUGGAGAAACAGCGGCACAACAUGUCCAGCAAGAAUCAACAAUCGGACGAUUCGAAAAAUGAAUAUGCCAAUCAAUUACAGAAAACAAAUAAAUUACAACAGCAACAUUUUGAAGCCGCAAUCCCCGACGUAUUCAAUCGUCUACAGGAAAUAGAUGAAAAAAGAACUGGCGGAAUGAAGGAGUUUAUUAAACGUUCAGCUGAUGUUGAGCUAUCUGUAGCGCCAAUUAUUGCCAGAUGUCUCGAAGGUAUUAGUAAAGCUGCCGAGUCAAUAGACGAAAAAGAAGAUUCGCAAAAAGUUGUAGAGAGAUAUAAAUCGGGUUUCACACCACCUGGAGAUAUCAAAUUUGAAGACUUAUCAAAAAUGGAUCCUUCAGAAUCAGCGAGUCCCUCAGAAAUUAGUAGCAAAGUUUUUAAUCAUCAUACAUUGAAAUCAACGAUUAGCGCAUCCAAGCUUAAGAAGCGACCAGGAUUCUUCUGGAUGUUCAACACUAAUAAGAACAAUUUGCUAACGGAUGGUGCAAAAGAGGAUUACAGUGACCUACCACCAAAUCAACGACGCAAAAAAUUGACUGCCAAAAUUCAAGAGAUUCAGCAAAAGAUCCAAUCUGAAACGGCCGCUCGUGAUGGUUUAAUGAAAAUGAAAGUUGUUUACGAGGCGAACUCUCUUUUGGGAGAUCCGAUGACUGUAGAAGGUCAAUUGAACGAGUCUGAACAUAAAUUGGAAAAAUACAAAUCAGAACUAUCGAAAUAUCAGACGUACUUGGAACAAGCGCAUGCGAUACAACAAAUGCAACACAGUCCUCAGACAAAUCGAAGUAACUCAAAUUUACAGAGUUCGGCGAGGCAUUCCAAUGGCUGUACUGAUGACAGUGAAGACCAACCAGAUGAUGGCCAAAGCUUGAGUCGAUCGGCAUCCGAGAAUAGUGUGGCUCAACAUGAACGAAAUAAUAACAGUAGUACCAACAACGAAUCAAUCAAUGGGUCAUCGGCAAGCCCUGAAAGUGGUUUGGGAACAUCGCACACAUCUUUGCAUGGAUCCGGUCAAGAAAACACUAACGAACAAAUGAUAAACGAUGAAAUGUAUUAUGAAGUGGAACCUCUUCAACCAUUGGGUACCUGUAAAGCAUUAUACGCUUUCGAUGCAACAAGCGAGGGUAGCAUUCCAAUGGCAGAAGGUGAACAAUUGCAUGUAAUCGAACUAGAUCAAGGCGAUGGUUGGACGCGGGUACGUCGCAUCACUGAUGCUUCCGGUUGGGAAGAAGGGUGUGAAGGUUUCGUUCCAACUAGUUAUAUUGAAAGUACUUUAUAUGCAUAGAGCAAGCAUAAGCGAACAAACAUUUAAAUAAAAUUAUAAUCCAUUAAUUGAUCACAAAACAUACAAACACUGAAAAAAGAAGGUGACCAUAUUUAAUUAAUAUAUAAAACAUAUAUUUUGUUUAAAUUUAUUUGACAUUCUAGAAUAAAGCAAACAUCAAGCUCAAAACGAUCAAUCAUAAUAAUUAAAUUUAAAAAAAAAAACAUUGCUUGCGCUUAGACAAAUGUGUAUUUAUAUUUUUACAAAAACUUAUUUAAUGUAUUUUUUCGUUAUUCCAUCAUAAAGGGUAUUUCAAAACUUUCUUCAACAGAUUUAAGUCAGAGACAUGUGCGCAAAGAAUACACUGUAUUAAUUCAUUGGUUUAAUAAUCAUUUGAGAAUAAAAAUUUAAUUUCAUUCAAAACCUAA